AUUAAGAACAGAGAUGCUCCGGGGGCUUGUGCUGGGGCUGCUGCUGAGCUCGAGCGGGGUGUGGGCCUCCAGGGGGCUGCUGCGGCCCUUCUGCCGGCCUAUCAACGCCACCCUGGCUGCAGAGAAGGAGGCCUGUCCAGUUUGCAUGACUUUCACCACCAGCAUCUGUGCUGGCUACUGUCCCAGCAUGGUGCGGGUGCUGCAGACCGCUACGACGACCAGGACUCAGCCCGUGUGCACCUACCGUGAAGUGCGCUUUGCGUCCAUCCGGCUCCCUGGCUGCCCGCCUGGUGUGGACCCUGUGGUCUCCUUCCCUGUGGCGCUCAGCUGCCACUGUGGGCCCUGUCGCCUCAGCAGCUCAGACUGUGGGGGUCCCAGGGCCCAGCCCUUGGCCUGCGACCUCCCCCACCUCCCAGGCAUACUCUUCCUCUAAGGACCGGUGAAGCCUUCCCAAUAAAGGUUUCUCAACCCGCA